AUGGCUGCUAUUGCUCUUGAAAGGGCCAUGGGGCAGCAUGUCCAACGGACCUUGCACCCGUUCUUUGGGAAAGGCCCAAACGAUACCGACCCUUCAUCGUCGUCUGAAUCCCCGCCUUUACGACCCGUGGAACCUGAAGCUAGAACGGCAGUCAGGAAAGACGCUGUCAACAUACCAAUAGAUCCUACGUCUGGUUCAGACAGUCCUGAUCGGAGCUGUAUGAGACGUUCGUCUCGUAGCAGCAGGAAGAGGGACGGGCGACUGCAGCUCCAGCUCACAAGUGCUGUACAGCACCGCGAACCUAUCCUGAAAGACGAGGAUGUCAAUGCCAACCGGAAAAAGCGCCGAAAAACAGAGACUCCAGAACCUGCUGGGCGGGUGACAGAGGGACUAGUACGGCAACAUUUGGUUCAGCACAAUCCGGUCCCUUCGUUGGGUGAACAGCUCGAGUCCGCUGCCCAAGGCGACGUGAAUGCGACAGAAAAAUAUUCUGUGGCUCGGGGAGUCGACUUGCCCGCAACGGGUACAGCUUCAGAGAAAUCACAGAAUCAACCUUCUUCCUCUUUAUUAGAAUCUUGCCAACCAUGUGUAAAAUCUGUCAAUACAAGCCCGAAACCUGAUGAUCUUCCUGUCAAAACGUUAAGGUUAAACCCGAAUGGCAAAUUAUUGAAUUCUCCCUUUCGAUCUGAAAGUGAAUCCCGGAGUCUUGAAGAACGGAGCAAAAAGAGGAAGCCUACUUCUCAGAAACGAAGCAAAAAACAAUCUGCGAUCGUAACUUUAAGAUAUGGAGUCAAUGAAGAGUCCCGUUCCUUGAUAGGCCGACAAAUAAACGAAAUAAUUGGUGGUCGGAAAAGGCAUUCCUUAUUAAGGGAAGCGGUCUCCAUCCCUACACCUCAACAACCUUCGAAGCCUACGCAUCCUUUUUUCCUUGGCAAGGCUGCUCAGAGGACGGAAGAGAAAGCUGAACAGAGUAAGGAUUCAUCAACGGAUCACCUAGCAUGCGCUCAAAAAGACAGAACAUCCACUGCAAGCAAACUAUCGGAACAUAGCCCCCAAAAUUCUCAACCCCCUUCGACCUUCUCUUCUGGGGGACCUGAUAAUUCGAAGACUCCAGCAGUGAGACCACGUUCGCAUUUCCCAAAAAUUCAAGAUUCCAUCGAUCCGAUUUGGCCACCUCGAGGGGCUAUCCAUGUACGUGGGCUUUCACCUAAUGACGAUAACAACAGUUCGUUUAUAGAUUUCGAAGAGAGAAAAGCAAAAGGCUUGGUCGCCUCAAUAUCAGAAUAUGAAAAUAUCCUUUGUGUUCAAUCACGAUUAUUGCGGCAUAUUAAUAAACGCGAUGCAAAAUCUGCAGUGUUAAGAUGUCCUAACAAAAGAACAUGCAGUCGUGACACCCUUUUGGAAAUAGCUAUGAAUCGACUUGGUUUAACUGCGACACCCACGGAUACGAUCGGCGAACACUUUCCACAUCAGCGAACCUCAAUGCCGUACACAUCUCACCCUGCAGUAGCUCAACUGCUAUCUUCUGUACGAUCCUCAAUGACCCCCUUCGAACGAGGGGAAUUCGAUGACUCCCCAUGGACGCAGAAGUAUGCUCCUAGUGGAGCUGAUUUCGUGCUGCAGUUGGGUACUGAGGCCUUGGUUCUAAAAAAGUGGCUACAAAGUCUCACCGUAUCUACAGUAAAUAGCGGCACUUCCCCCAGUGAUGGGAAGCAGCCUAAACAGAUUCCAGACGACGGUGCAAAACGGAAAAGGCGGAAAAGACCUAAAGAUCUUGAUGGUUUUAUUGUUUCCAGUGAUGAUGAAGAGCCCCGAAUGGAUGAAAUCGAUAGCCCUAACGAUGAUGACGAACUGGCUGGCGGAGUGACUAUAUCUAACAAACGGACGGUCGUUAGAUCGGAUAAUCCAAUUGCACGCAGCAGCAGAUCGGCCCCUGAAAAGCGUCCAGUACCUAAUUUGAUACUUAUCAGCGGGCCUUCGGGUUGUGGCAAAACUGCUGCUGUUUAUGGUGUUGCUAAAGAGCUUGGGUUUGAAAUUUUCGAAAUAAAUGCUGGAAGUCGUAGGAGUGCAAGGGAUGUUGUUGAACGUGUUGGAGAUAUGGCCCAAAACCAUCUCGUUCAGCUCCUUGGACAGGUCGAUGAUAACUCACCUGCCGCGUCUUCGCUUAAGUCGUUGUUUUCCACGCCCAACACUGAUACUGGAAAGCAAAGCACCAUGCAAAACUUUUUUAAGCAGGAUACGAAAAAUUCAGGGCCGAGGGCAACGGACAAGGAUGGUGCGCCUGCUCCGGACGGAAAAGCUCCGGUGCCGAAAACGCAACCGAGCCAGAAGCAGUCUCUUAUACUCUUUGAGGAGGUGGACAUCCUUUUCGAAGAAGACAAGCAAUUCUGGAGCGGUGUUCUAACACUCAUUAGCCAAUCCAGGAGACCAAUUAUUAUGACUUGCAAUGAUGAAAGCUUGCUCCCCCUGGAGCUGUUGAAACUCUAUGCGAUUCUUCGGUUUCGGCAGCCUCCUUUUGAUCUUGCUGUUGACUACCUUCUCCUCCUUGCUGCCAACGAAGGGCAUAUUCUGGACCGUGAAUGGAUUUCCGAACUUUACACUGUCAUGCGCGGGGAUCUUCGGGCAACCAUCAUGCAGCUGAAUUUUUGGUGCCAGAUGGCUGUUGGGAGUAAGAAGUCAGGACUAGACUGGCUGACUUCGCCAUCUGUUUGGCGCGGUGGCUACAUACAACAGGCCAAUCUUCCUAGAGUCGUGAGCACGGACACUUAUGUCCAUGGGAUGGGUUUGGUCUGCCAGGAUCUUGCGUGCGAUGAAGAUCCUUACGAACGAAGGAGUCAACUUAUGUAUGAGUGCUUAUGCCAAUGGCAAAUGGGGCUUAUGGACUGGCAUGAAUCGAAAAUAUGUCGGGGCAAGUUACGAGGUCACGAUGGUCAGAGCCGCCUCGAAGCGCUGGCCCAGGAAAGUCGAGAGGCUGAUAUGAGGGCUAACCUCGAUAUUAUUUGCCGGGGCUCUCCUGAUGCGUUUAGCGAUGAUGUCCUUGACUUUUCCUGGCCCGAUAUGACUAGUAAACAGCGAUCCACGUACACAGAAGGGCAUCAAUUGCUACAAACAGACCUACUGACCGACUAUGCAUGUCUAUCAACAAAGAUCGGCGUCUCAAUGACCGUUCUAUUGGACGACUUUUUCUACGACUCCUUGCCAUCUUCCGACGAAAACACCAUUAUUCAACAGGCUCUAGAGAAAUUCACUUCUCAUAAACCUACAUACCUAAAACAGUCCGAUCUACGCGACACGUUUGAACCAGUAAUGGGUAAUCCCGAUCCCUUUAAUCCGCCACCUGGGCGUCAAUCUUUUUCAUUUGACAGCGGCACAGCACCCAUUUCCGAAGAUCUGGCACCGUAUAUCCGAGCAAUUGUCGCUUUUGAUUUACGGCUCGAACAACGCCGGUUAGCGCUUAGCGGUCCCAUUUCUCUUGACUCAAAAAGCAACAAACGGGUCCGGACGACAAGGGCUAGUCGAGCGGCACUUGAAGGAGGUGAUAAAGCAAGUGUACGCAAGGAUAAAUGGUUUACGGGGAAACUCGAUGCUAAAAGUGUCCUUGCUACGGGAUGUCCGGAAUGGCAAGACGCACUCGGAUGGGCGAUUCAUAGGGCCUCUGGGGGCCAAGUUCUGGGGGACAAGGAGGGAAACCGGUCUAUGGAUGAGCAGGGCGCUGGGAGCUCUAGUGAGGGAGGAAUAUAA